CUGAAGUUUAUUUUAUGUGUGUGUCUUGUCCGUCUUAUUCUGAGAAUUUCUCCUGUGACCAUAUUGUUACAUUUGACAGAAUGUAAAUAUUAUUUCAUAUUAAAGUUUAGGUAACGAGACUCUGGUCCCAGUGCUUCUUUUCGUUCCUUCUUCAUUUGCUGGCUUCCUCUUCCUCGGGAUCUGAGGUUCACAUCUUGGAGAAGUAUAAGAUCCCAAGAGGACAGUGCAGCUCCUCGUCAGGUUCCCACGAGGUUCCCCCCAUUUUCAGGUGCUGCCGGAAGCUUCUUUGCGCACUUCUGCGAUCCCUGGCUUUAUUUUCGAGUUACUGUUCCAGUGUCAUCACAGAACCGCAUUCCUUUCUGUAUUUCCCCCCUCUAUACACAAAAAUUACUGGUUUUCAGUGAUGGGCCGCUUUUGUUUCGACACGAGAUCUUAUAAAAAGCGCAAGAUAUUAUGAUGCUUAAUUUAUUAACUUUCCUUCAAGGUGACUUAGUGAGGUUUGUGAUUUACUCAAUUAUACAGCAGGUUAAGUACCUUCAUGUACUAGAGCAGGAGAGGGGUUUUACACCCUCACAUUGCACAAGGAUAGUUCUAACCACUGCGCCACCUGCUGCUCCAUUAGCAGCGGUGUGAAUCUCGCUCUUUGAGCCAUAAAGCACUCGCUCCUAAUUGGGCCUGUCCUCCCCCUGAUGAAUCCGCUGCCUCGUUGCCGCGAUGAUUUAAUCAGGAGCCCGUGACGGCGCCGCUGUUGGAGGGCACUCAAGAAUCACUUCAAAUCAAAAUGUGUUUUAAUUUGAAAACAGAUCAGUGGCACGACUGCUCCCUUUGACAGCCAUUAACGGUGGCGGCGGCGGCAGCAGGGGCGAUUAAGAGCUGCGCGGCCCGAACGCGUUGAGCGCUCGGCUCAGUGACACGCUCAAUAACACGCUUCUUAUUGGAGCGCAACCUCCGUGUUAGGGCCACGGCGUCCUUGAUGUCACGCCAUUGAUCUUUGUAUGGGGGGAGGCCAAAACUGUAACCCUAUUAACUUCCUCUACUAAUACCAGAUUAAUAUACAUUGAGAGGGUACGCUGCUUAUAUUUGAAUUUUCUUUUAACAUUAAUGCCUGGUAGUCAUGAGAAUGAAACAACACCUCCCCCCCACCUGCCAGGUCUUUGGGACUCUGACAGUCCAUUUGGUCCAUUGCUGGACCACUAAUGUUGGUCCAGUUUUCAAAUUCUUUUGUUUCCGAGACACAAGCAGUAAAGUCUGCUUCUCUGCUGGAGCUGGCAGGUGGCGUCGUAGUUAGACUUGUCACUUUACUGUCAAAGGUGCUGGGUUUGAAUCCCACCCCCUGCUGCAAUGCUCUUGCUCAAGGUUCUUAUACUGAACUGAUACGAAUGAAGAUACCCUAAUAAUAAUGUAGAUGACAUGAUUUUUGAUAUUUACUGCAGGGUCAAUCCUCUUUUCUUCCAUUUCUCUCAAAGUUAUGCUUCCGUUUCAUUCGUUUUUCAUUCCGUUCCUCCUCGUUUUUCCGUUGUGCUGUUCAGUUUCUUUCCUCAGGAUUGUUCUGUUCCUUUACCUCUCAUUCCCCUUCAUCUUGUUUCAUUUAAUCCCUUUUCAUUGCCCCUUGUUCUGUUCCGUUUCAUCCCAUUCCAUUCUUUUUCCAUUCUUGCUUUUCAGUUUUUGUUCCUUUCCUUCUUCUUUUCUCUGUACUGUUUUGCUCCCUCGAGCCUCUUGUUCCAUUACGUUUCUUUCCCUUUUCGCUGCUCCGUUUCAUUCUUUUAUUCCCUCCUCUGGUUCCGUUUUUUCUCUUUUCUUCUCAUGUCAUUCGUUCCGUUUCGUUCCUCUCCUCUCCGCUCCGUUCCACUCAAAGCUGCAGCGGCGCUUCCUCUCGCUGCUGUACCGCUCCUGUCCUGUAGGAGGCGCUGUUCGCCCCUUUCCGCCGACUCGCGCGGAGCGCCUCGCUGCCACGUAAUCCGACAGAUCGGCGGACGGCAGGAGGGUUUGCAGCCCUGGAUCGGGAGCCAGGAGAGCCGGGCGACAUCGAGCCGCGACAGGCACUCGGCUCGCUCGGCACGGAGGGAGAGGGAGGCACGGAGGGAGGGCGCUGCGGUGAGCGGUGUUCUUCUUCUUCUUUGGCGGGGAGCGGGAGCGGCGGCGGCGGCGGCGGAUCCCACCACGUCUCUUACCCCACGCCACGGUCUGUGGGUGCAGACUCUGACGUGCCCCGAAUAAACUGCAAGACGUCCCGUAGGAGUCGCGGAGUGGUGAUCCUGCGGAACAAGGACGGGCCGAUCGUGAGCUCUCGACCCUCACCAGCACGCAGCAGGAGCUGCGACCCGUAGCCGGCGCAGGAGCAGGGAGGAGACGCGGCGAGCGUCCAGGAGGCAGCCAUGAGGCAGCUCAAGGGCAAGCCCAAGAAGGAGACGUCCAAGGACAAGAAGGAGCGCAAGCAGGCCAUGCAGGAAGCGCGCCAGCAGAUCGCCACCGUGGUGUUGCCCACGCUGGCUGUCGUCGUGCUGCUUAUCGUCGUCUUUGUCUACGUGGCCACGCGGCCCGGCGCCCUGGAGUAGUCCUCGCCUCUACGGGUCCUGCUCAUGUCCCGUCCCCCCACCCCCUCGCUGUCCACCUUUUCCCGUCCUGGAUGUUCGCUGCUGUCGGUCACCUGCUCUUCGCUUGGUCCUCCGCCACACGGGCGGAAGGCCACGGAUUCCACGUUGGGCACUGAGACGGCGGGCGGGAACUUCUCUCAGACCAACUGUAACGUAAAAGUUCAGGUUCAAACGGUCAUCUUGUAGCAGAAUCCCUCAUCCAAUGCUUUCGAGUCCAUUCACUGGAGAUCUCAUCUGCCCUUCCUUUCCACCAGAGCAUCUUCUCAUAUGUGCCUUUGGGUAACGGGGGGGGUGAGCAGGGCGCGCCAUGGCCGCGUUAGACGCAAAGCGCUUGCAAUCAAACAAGUCCGAUGUUUCUCGUACAUCUUCUGACAGAAAUCGUGUCCAUUUUUGCCUCUGUGAUGCAGUUUUAUGGGGAUGUCAGUCUCACGCUUACCAAAGGACUUCACACGUCACCCGCUGCUGCUGUGUGACUGCCGCGCUCGGCCAGUCAAACGAUCCCGGAGACAAGUGUGACCGCAAAGACGUUGGCUCACCUUUUUAACACCCUGCGGACACACUGCAAAGUGUCCCCUCGGAAUUUGCAAUUGGAAUUUGACUGUCCGGAGAAGAAGCGACGAAGCAGCUGGCAAACGGUGUGUUGAUUUCAUGUCAUUUACGCAUACGAGCGAAUGUCACUGGACGGAGCGGUGCCGUAUGUUAGUUCCACACGCGAAGCUGCGCGCACUUUGUAGCGUUAAAUGGUUAAAAUCAGCGUCACACAGUAAGACAUCAGCGGUUCUGAACAUGUGCCUUAUGCAUUUGACAAUAUAUCAUUUCAGUUAAUAAAGGAAAA